CAACCUUCCUCACGGAGCCGACGAUUUAGCCUCCCGCGUUCAAGACAAACGCGACGGGCGCGACCGGCGAGGGCGCCAUCUUUAUGGCCAUUCAGAACCAGAAAGGCGGAGCCCUGAUCGUCUCCCCCACGGGCUCCGUGCUCUGGGCCGGCGGCAAUGGAAGCGCGACGAACCUGACCCCUGCCACCUUGAAGGGGAAGCCCGUCAUGGUGGCGUGGAACGGUACAGCCAAGGGCGCCAUCCAAGCCUACGGCUCUCUCCUCGUCUUUGACGACUCGUACGAGAUGAUCCACAACGUCUUGCUCCAAGACCCGGACUUUGGAACCGACCAGCCCUCGUACAUCGACUCGCACGAGGCCUACUUGACCGACAAGGGAACCGCCGUGGUCACCGCCGCCCUGCCCCGGGGCCCGGUGGACUUGAGCGCGGUGGGCGGCGCAAAGGAUGGCUACUUUGUCGACUGUGGCGUUUUCGAGAUCGACGUCUACACCAACAAGGUCUUGUUCAAGUGGUGGGCGUCGGAGCACCAGGAUGCGAUCCCGCAGACCGACUCGCGAGCCCUGCCGUUUGGCAGCAUCGCUGGCUGGGGCAACUCGUCCUCGCCGUGGGACCCGUACCACAUGAACAGCGUGCAGGCGGUCGACGACGGUUACAUCUUUUCUCUUCGCCACUUUUCGACCAUCUACCACCUGUCGAAGAACGGCACCGUGACGUGGCAGAUCCAUGGCACCAACAACACGGUUCAGAAGCACCAGGAUUUCACUAUGGGCCCCAACACCACCUUUAGCUGGCAGCACGACGCCCGAGUGGCCUACCAGACCAACUCGUCCCUGAUCCUCCACCUGGUCGACAACGCCAACUGGCAGGGCGGGGAGUUCAACACGUCGUACGGCGUGCAGCUCGCGGUGGACCUGCAGAAGAAGACGGUGACGGAGAUGCUCCGGCUCUCGGACGCCUUCAACCCGCAGAGCACCUACGCGGGCGGCUCGCUGUCGGCGCUGGGCAACAACGCCAACGGCCACUGGCUCAUGUCGUACGGCAUCCUGCCCGUGAUCAAGGAGUUCGACUCGGCCGGCACCUGCAUCUUCACCAUGCAGUUCGGCAGCGCGUCGUACCGCGCCUUCCGCUCCGAGUGGCACGGCUACCCCAACACCAAGCCCAAGGUCGCCGCCUGCCUGACCUCGGACCCCGUCCGCGGCCAGAUGACCCGCAUCCACGCCAGCUGGAACGGCGCCACCGAGGUCACCGGCUGGAGCCUGUUUGCCGGCCAGUCCGCCGGCAACUCGACCGGUCUGACCAAGAUGCUCGACGUCGCCAAGAUGGACUUUGAGACCGUCGCCUACGUCCAGGGCGCGCAGGCCUUUGUGCAGGUCCAGUCCAUCGGCGGUGGUAGGGCCCCUCAGGUCAACGUGGCGAGCGACGUCGUUGCUGUCAAUGGAACCUGUGCGUGAGCUUGGGGGGUUGGUAGUUGGGUUAGAACGAGUCUUGAUCAGAGUCGCAUCACACCCCGAUUAAUAUUGGAUUCGGUCUCAAUUAAUUAAUCAACUCUAAUGCAUUCAAUCAU